AUGGCGGAAGGAAAAAAGGCUGGACCAGAGGUGAGCUGGGGGAGCAGGGGGGAUGACUUCACCGUCAGUUGCUCAGGAUUUGACCACCGAGGUGUGGAUCCUGCUGUCUUUGCCUCUGUGAUGGUCAGAAAGGAUUUUCGCCCAGUUCUCAACUACAGUGUCCCAACCCAGGUCAACAUCUCCUUCACCUUGUCCGCCAUCUUGGAUGUGGAUGAGCAGCUCCAACUCCUGACAUCAUUCCUUUGGCUGGACAUGGUCUGGGACAACUUCUUCAUCAGCUGGAAUCCCGAAGAGUGUGGGGGCAUUCAGAGAAUCUCUAUGACAACUCAAAACCUGUGGCUCCCAGAUAUCUUCAUCAUCGAGUCCAUAGAAGUGGAUCAGACUCCAACAGGUCUCUCUGCAUAUGUGAGCAAUGAAGGUCGCAUCCAGUAUAAAAAGCCAAUGAAGGUGACCACCAUCUGUAACCUGGACAUCUUCCGCUUCCCGUUUGACAGGCAGAAUUGCACUCUGACCUUUAGCUCCUUUCUCUACACAGUGGACGACAUGUUGUUGGGCAUGGAAAAGGAACUGUGGGAGAUUGUAGACACAUCACGCAAUCUUAUCAAGACCCAAGGGGAGUGGGAACUCCUGGCCAUCAACAAAGCAACCCCAAAGUUGGCAGUGGGGUCCAGCCUUUAUGACCAGAUCAUGUUUCAUGUGGCCAUCAGGCGUCGACCUGGCCUGUAUGUGAUAAACCUGCUUUUGCCCAGUGGAUUUCUGAUUGCAAUCGAUGCCCUGAGCUUCCUUCUGCCAGCGGAGAGUGGCCACCGAGCCCCUUUCAAGAUGACCCUGCUCCUGGGAUACACCGUCUUCCUGCUCAUGAUGAACGAUUUACUGCCAGCCAGUGGCGUCCCACUGAUAAGUGUAUACUUUGCUCUGUGUCUGACGCUGAUGGUGGUCAGCCUGCUGGAGUCCAUCCUCAUCACCUCUCUCUUGCACGUGGUCUCUACCCAACCCCGUCCCAUGCCCCACUGGCUCCGUUCCUUUGUGUUGAGAUCUAGCAGAGUGACAGAAUGCUGCAACCAGAGGCCCCAGGAAGAGAGCGAGGGUCACGGACCCAAGCCCAUCCGUCUGCCCCGUAAGUGGCCUCAUGGACUAUCCCCUCGCCCCAAAAUUCUACAACCCGUCACCGGACUGUUCCCGGCGCUGCUGUCCUUGUUCACCUUUGUCUGUGCCCCUCUCCUUGCUGCAGACCUAAAGGACCCAGAGCCAAUGGCGGGAUGGGAGCCGAGCCCAGGCAAGACAGAGCCAAAGGGAGACCCACAGUCUGACCAGCGGAUCCAGGAGCCUCAGGUCGCCGGCUCGUGGGUGAAGUUCAGCCUUGCUCUGGACACAUUUCUAUGUUGGCUUUAUCUGCUGUUCAUGAGCUCCUCCCUCAUCACAGUCAUCGUUCUCUGGAAUGCCUAG